AAACAUCUAGAGUUUGAACAAUUUAGAGUUAUUUCGCUCAAUGUCGUUUUGAGUGAAAUAACUCAUUUAGAAAAGAAGGGAACAAUAACUAAUCGGCUGACUAGGCGACCUAGGCGCUACGCCAGUGCCUAGCGCCUAGGCGGAAUUUUUGCAACACUUGUUACUAUUGAAUGUCAUAGUGGGAACUCUCUCAACUGUUGUUGCUCCAUUCACAAAAGGCUUGAAACCAACACAUUGCUCAAAAGGACCGAGUUCUUUCCAUUCUAACUGCAGGUUGUUGGUAAAUUGUAUGUUAUUAUUAGUAUGCACAAAUUGUCAUUUGAAGGGAGUAUAGUCAAGGAAAUAAUCUUUGAAAAACUAUAAUAUAAGAUGCUGUGGAUGCAAUUCUCCAUGGGUAUUGAAUUACUUAGAGUCUUCACAUAGGCUGUAUAGUCCCCCACAGAGACACUAUAUAGACAUCAUAUCAUGGCAAUAAAUGUGUAACCGGCAUCGGUCUCGCCAGUCGCAUUUCUUCUGCUAUGGGGUCUGCUGCAGAGUAGGUGUGAGCAAUUAAAUUCAGAGAGCUAGAGAGUGGGGGAAGAGAGUGGGAAUGGGUAGAACACCUUGUUGUGACAAGAAGGGGCUGAAGAAAGGGCCUUGGACUCCUGAAGAAGAUGAAAAGCUCAUUGAUUUCAUCAAGAAGAAUGGGCAAGGCAGCUGGCGUUCUCUUCCCAAGCUUGCAGGACUUCUUCGCUGUGGGAAGAGUUGCCGUCUCCGAUGGACAAACUACCUCAGGCCAGACAUCAAAAGAGGUCCAUUCAGCUCUGAGGAAGAGAAGCUUGUGAUACAAUUACAUGGCAUUCUUGGCAACAGGUGGGCUGCAAUUGCCUCCCAGUUACCUGGAAGGACUGAUAACGAGAUUAAGAACUUGUGGAAUACCCAUCUGAAGAAGCGCCUGCUUUCAAUGGGCAUUGAUCCUCAGACUCACGAGCCCUCAUCUGAAUCUAUUGGGCCACAGAGGAGACUGCCUACAACCCCCUCUGCCCGUCACAUGGCACAAUGGGAAAGUGCUAGGCUUGAAGCUGAGGCUCGCCUUUCAAGAGAAUCAAAACUCUUGGUUCCAUCAACAAUUGGAGGUUCUGAAGCUGACUUUUUCCUACGCAUAUGGAAUUCGGAGAUAGGAGAAGCAUUUCGUAAGUUCAAGAAAGGAGUCAAAUUUGCUUGUCAAAGUCCGAUCUCCCAAGCAUCUUCAUCAACAAAAUAUGGGUCAGCUUCAGGAACCACCACCGAGAUGGACAUCACUCUAGCUGGUUCUGCAGAUGCGGGGGGCAACCCAAAUGAAGAUCCAGAGGGGAAGUGUAACAGAUCUUACACCGAUGAUCCCUUACAAGGGUCUGAAACAUCAUGUUCCGACGAGUUGGAAGAUUCAUCUGAAUCAGCUCUACAACUUCUAUUGGAUUUCCCUACCUAUAACGACAUGAGCUUCUUAGGACACACUGACACGUACAGCAUAUAUCCUGCGUUUUUGACCGAAAGCACUUUGAACUGCUCCUCUGCAGAACAUUAAAGUCCCUUGUCCAUCUAGAGAACCAGAUUGUCUAUAUUUUUGAGCUGGUUGUUUUUUGGUAGCUCCAGCUGUAGAAUUCUGGACAUUGACUUUAUAUUAUGUGCCCAAGAGUAUGCAUAUACUAGUUGAUGUUUGUAUAAGAAUGUAUCCAAAACAUCUAAUCUGGUCUGGUCUGGUCUAGUAUUGUACCUUAUUGCACUGCAAGUAUUGUUUUGGUAUAUGUUACUGAGUGUUGCAAAACUA